AUAGAGAGCAUCGCUGUGAAGAGCAGAAGAACUUUCUGUAGGGCGACUGAUUUGAGGAUGGGUAUAAAGCAAGCACUCUGGUGGAUGGUGGUGUGUGUUGUGGUGCUGCAGGUGAGCUCUCAGCACUGGUCUCAUGGUCUCAAUCCUGGAGGAAAACGUGCCGUGAUGCAGGAGAGCGCUGAAGAAAUCCCGAGGCGCUCCGGAUACCUGUGUGAUUAUGUAGCUGUUUCACCUCGGAAUAAACCCUUCAGACUGAAAGAUCUGUUGACGCCUGUCGCUGGGAGAGAAAUUGAAGAGUAAGAUGAAUAACAAAACUCAAAAUCCUCAAUAAAAUGUUUCACAUGU